AUGCCCUUGUUCACCGUCCCCAUCUCCUCCACUGGAGGCAGCAUCGUCUGCACCAAUCCCACCUCCUCUGAGAAGGAGAAAAACAUCUAUCUCCUCACCUUCACCUCGCCAAAGGACAACAGACUCACCCCGACCUUCAUCGAUGCCCUCGUUCUAGCCCUAGACAUAAUCGAACACCGCUUCCCCAAAGGCGUCGUGAUCACGACAAGCGGCAUCCCCAAAUUCUACAGCAAUGGGCUCGACCUCGAACUCGCAUCCAGCACAGAGGGCUUCCUCGAUAAGUGGCUGUGGAAGCUAUUCCGGCGCUUUCUCACAUUUCCCAUGCCAACGAUUUGCCUGCUGAAUGGGCAUGCCUUCGCAGGAGGGCUCAUGCUAGCCAUGUACCACGACUACCGGAUCCAGAAUCCCGCCAAGGGCUUUCUGUGCAUCAACGAGCUCGAGUUCGGGGUGCCUCUGCAGAGCCCCAUGAUGAGCAUCUUCCGCGAGAAACUGGCCCCGUCCGCGUUCCGGGAUCUGGUUCUCGAGGCGAGACGGUUCGCGGGCCCGCAGUCUGUUGCUGUGGGGUUGGUAGACGGCGUGGGUGGUCUUGAGGAGACGCUGCAGUUGAUUCGGGAGCGGGGGUUGCAGACGAAGGCUGCGACGGGGAUCUAUGGUACGAUGAAGGAGGAGAUGUACCGGCAUACCCUGGACAUCUUGGAUAACCAUGCGGGUAAUCUGGCGUGGAGGGAGCAGGUGGAGGAGAAGAAUGGGACAGCCGGAGAGGCUGCGCUGAGAGCUGUAGAGGCGUUUGAGAAGCAGAGAAAUGCGAAGCUUUGA